AUGUCAACGACACAGCGAAAGAGCUUUAAGAACCAGCUGAAAAGGUUCAACAAUGAAACUAGUGGCAGCACAAACAGCACCAAUAGCAAUGCUUCUCCAGAGCUAACCAGCUUGACGGAAAUGUUCCCAGACUGGGAAUCUGAUGAGUUAAACUCGUUAUUACAAGAGAAGAGAAACUCGCUUGAAGUGGUGAUUGACUUGAUUGUGAAUAACAAAGUUUCUAAAUGGGAACCUAUCAAGAAAGAAAAGAAGGAGAAAAAAGUAAAGGACGACACAGACGGCUUCCAGGCAAACAAUACCACAUCUUCAACUCACCUGGGUUCACAAAGUGGCAAGCCAUUCAACAAAUUUAAAUCUUCAAACAAGCCACCAAGAAAACAAGGCAAUGUCACAAAGAAACCAAUAAAAAGCACAUCGGACAACAAUAAGCCAACAACAUCUACUUCAAACGGUGCAGAAAAGAGCAAAGAAUCAAGUGCAUCUGGAUCUUGGGCAUCAGCUUUGGGCGAGGAUACUGCCAAGCCAGCUACUUCUAAAAAUACUAAACCUACUACAGAAUUGGAGAAAGCUCCAGAGCAGGACUCUAACAAAGACGAAACUCCACUGGAAUCUGAACAAAAGCAACAAGAGCCACAAGAACAAGCAGAGCAAAAGCCAAAGACGACAGCAAGCGCCACCACUACUUCAGAACCUGCUCCAAAACCUGUUUUGAAAGAGGCUGUGAUUCCUUCUUUAAACCAAGGAUCCUGGGCUUCGGCAAUCACACCAAAGACAAAACCAAAACCAAAGCCUAAGGCGGUCAAAACUGCUCCAUCUCCAACACAAGCCACGGAACCAGCUCAACAACAACAACAACAACAACAAUCUGAGCAAUCCGAACAAUCUGAACAACCUGAACAACCACAAACUUCUCAAGCUGACCAGAAUGAAAGUGUUUCUAAACCAGAGGAGCCGGUGGUUUCUGAAUCACAAACAUCUGCGCAGGAGAAAACACUGGAAAUUCAAGAACCAGUUGCUUCUGCAGCUGCUUCUGCAGCUCAAGCUCCUGCUUCAUCAUCCUCCGCUGUUGAAGCUGGUGCACAAGGUCCUCAAGUAGUGUUGCCAACUUCCCUGCAAGGCGUUAACUCUGUCGGUAUCAGCUUUGGCUCAUUAUCUCUUGGUGAAGAAGAACCAAAAGAUUCCCACAAAGAUCUUAGAGAACAAUUUGACCAAACUCAACAAAAGUACGAGCAACCACAAGAGCAACCUCAACCUCAACAACAACAACAACAACAAGCACAAGCACCAGCACCAUCACAACAACAACAACAACAACAACAACGUUACGACUUGUAUGAGCAACAACCACAACAAAGCACCAACUACCAACAACAACCACAACAACCACAACAAUCACAACAAUCACAACAACCACAACAACAAGGACAAGGUCAAUUUGGUAAGCACGCUUCUCAGCAAAGUGUUCCAUCCCAAGGUCAAGUUCCACAACAAUCGCAACCUACUCAGCAACAAUACGAUUACUACUCACAAUUCCAACAACAACAAUAUCCACAACAAGCUGGACAGCCUGGUGCUCAGUUUGGAGGAUACCCCGCUUACGACUACAGUGCUUUUAACCAACAAGCAUAUGCUGCUUCACCAGCCAAUGCACAUGCAGCCACGACCGGCUCUGCUGCUGCUUACAACCAAUACGCCCAGCAAUCAGUCGGUGCUGCCGACAGUACUCAAAGCCCAGUUUCUGCCCAGAAUGUAUUGCAACAACAGCAAGCUCAACAACAACAACAACAAAUUCCUACACCAUUUGGCUACCCAUACUACAACUACUACUAUAAUAACCCAUACUUUGGAGGCGCUGGUGGUUUAGGUAACAAUGGUUUUGCUUCAGCAAACACCGGAUCUAUUGGACAACAAACACAGCAAGGUGCACAACAAGCAUCUCAACAACUGAAUGUGCCAUCUGCCACUCAGCCAUCGGGUGUAUCUGCAAACGGAUUUGGAGCUCAGCAACAAUACUACAAUCCUAACCAAUACUCUAACAGAUAUCCAGGUUACUCAUACCCUCCACAACCUCAACAGCAGCAACAGCCAGGUCAACAGCAACAUCAACAACAGCCAGGUCAACAUGCCGGACAAUCAGCCACUGGUUCGGAAAGUGAUGCUGCACAACAGGGUCAAGGACAAGGACAAGGUCAACAAUCCCACCCACAAUCAGGAGCUCCUCAACAACCAGUUGUACCUCAAUAUGGUGCUUACCAACAAUAUCCUCAAUACGGAUACCAAGACACAACUCAAUACCGUGGAGGUUGGUACUAA